CUCGUCCCGGUGCGUGUGACGUGGGUGACGUGAGAGCGUCGGGACUGUUUGUUCUGGAUUUGGCUGAGGCUGAAGUGUGCGCUGACAGCUCACAGUAGCAGAGCGUUCUGUGCUGCCCUGAUGCUAAUGCUUCUGAUGGGGUGAUCCCUCUGCCCUGUCUGCCCCUCUGCCCUGUCUGCUAUAGCGCCUCAGGCCAGAGGAGAGAUGGGGGACGCCUCGGAGAGUGGAGUGCCCCUCCUCUCCACCCCCGCCCUGCUCUGGAACCCCCCACCCCCUGAGACCUGUGACCCGGCACGGCCCAAGCGCCAAACCAACCAACUGCAGUACUUGCUUAAAGUUGUGCUCAAGACUUUAUGGAAACACCACUUCGCUUGGCCCUUCCAAGCCCCCGUAGAUGCUGUUAAACUCAACCUCCCAGAUUACUAUAAGAUUAUCAAGAACCCUAUGGACAUGGGCACCAUUAAGAAGCGCCUGGAGAACCACUACUACUGGAAUGCACAGGAAUGCAUGCAUGACUUCAACACCAUGUUCACCAACUGUUACAUCUACAACAAGCCCGGGGAGGACAUAGUGCUGAUGGCAGAGGCCCUGGAAAAGCUCUUUCUGCAGCUCAUCACAGAGAUGCCUCAGGAGGAGACCGAGAUCGCUGUGGUGACCAAAGGAAGGCGAGGGAGGGAGCCCGCGGUGAUCAAGUCUGACUCAGGACAAGACACAUCGUCUGCCUCCAGCACCCCCCAUACUCUGGGUUACUCCUCUAUGAACCAGGCAGUCCCCAUGGCCCCGGGCCCCACAGCCAUGGGCCCCACAGCCAUGGGCCCCACAGCCAUGGGCCCUACAGCCAUGGGGCCCACAGCCAUGGGCCCCACAGCCAUGGGCCCCUCAGCUCUGCCGCCUUCCACUCGCAUGCCCCCCUCUUCGCACACGCCUCACCUGUUUACCCAGGGAAUGACCUCUCUCCCUCCUGCUCCGCUCACAACAAACCAAACCCUCCAACCGGCCCCAGUGCUCCAGAGCUCUCCACCUUUCAUCAAGCAGCAGAAGAAGAGUCAGAAGAGGAAGGCUGACACCACCACGCCCACUGCCAGCGACCAGCACAGUGAGUCCUCCCCUGUGCCCUGUGAGCCCCGCCCACAGCGUCACACCAGCUGGCUGUCCAAACGCCCCAGACACGACACGUCCCAGCCGGACUCUCAACACCAACCUGGCCUGCCUCUGGACUCUGGGGCCUCCACCCCCAAGAGGCAGGAGCAGCUCCGGUCAUGCGCGCGCCUGCUCAAAGAGAUGCUGUCCAAGAAACACGUGGCCUACGCCUGGCCCUUCUACAAGCCCGUGGACGUCAAAGCUCUGGGCCUGCACGACUACUACGACAUCAUCAAGCACCCCAUGGACCUCAGCACCAUCAAGAAAAAGCUGGAUAGCCGACAAUACAAAGACGCUCAGGAGUUUGCAGCAGAUGUCCGGCUCAUGUUCUCCAACUGUUACAAAUACAAUCCUCCGGACCAUGAUGUAGUGGGGAUGGCUCGCAAACUGCAGGAUGUGUUUGAGAUGCGCUUUGCUAAAAUGCCUGAUGAGCCGGAGAAGACCACUCUUGUGCCCGCCCCGUCCUCCGCCUGCCCCACCCGUCUGCCCCCUGCUCCUGUGGUGUCUGAGGACAGCUCUUCCUCCUCAGACACAGAGUCGUCAGGAGGGGGCUCUGACCAGGAGCGCCAGCAGCGCCUGGCUGAGCUACAGGAACAGCUCAAAGCUGUUCAUGAGCAGCUAGCAGCCCUGUCCCAACCCCAGACCAGCAAACCCAAGAAGAAAGACCGAGACAAGAAGGAGAAGAAGAAGGAGAAGCACAAGAAGAGGCAGUGUGUAGACGACAGCCUGGAGUCCACCAAAAAGAGCCGAAGCACCAGGGACUAUCCUAUAGACAAGAGGGACAAGAAAGACUAUCCUACAGACAGGAGGGAUAAGAAGGACUAUCCUAUAGACAAGAGGGAUAGGAAGGACUAUCCUAUAGACAAGAGGGACAAGAAGGACUGUCCCGGAGACAGGAGGGACAAGAAAAGGCUCCGAAAGAAAGAAGGACUGAAGAGCCUUGGUCCAGUGGUACCUCCUCAGAGUGGGCCCACCUCUCUUCUCCCCUCUGCAGCUCUGGAAGCAGAUGCAGAUGGGGAGUCCAGUAAAUGGCCCCCCAUGACGUAUGAGGAAAAGAGACAGCUGAGUCUGGACAUAAACAAGCUGCCUGGAGACAAGCUUGGCCGCGUGGUACACAUCAUCCAGAGCAGAGAGCCGUCGCUCAAGAACUCCAACCCCGACGAGAUCGAGAUCGACUUCGAAGCUCUCAAGCCCUCCACGCUGCGAGAGCUGGAGAAGUACGUGUCCACCUGCCUGCGCAAGAAGAAGAAACAUUCAGAUGUGAGGAAGAUGAAGAGCGGCUCUUCCUCUUCAGAUGACAGUGAGGCCUCUGGCAGUGAAGACACUAGCCGUGGUAUGGGGCUGCUCCCCAAACAGCACAAGAUGACCUCCAGAAUCAAAGAUGUGAAGAGGGCCCCUGGACAGUCCCUGAGUACCACAGUAGUGGUGCAGUCCAAGCCCUCUGCUACUCCUGCGACCCCCUGCCCCCCUCCCCAGCCUCAGACCCAGGCCCCUGCAUACGACCCUCUGACCCACUACAUGACCCAGCACUUGAGCCAGCACCUGAGCCAGCCCAGCGCAGAGCCUGUGCUCCCUAACCCUCUGGGACUGAUGAACACUGGGAGCAGCCAGGUGCCCUCAGCCCCUGUCCCCCAGCCCCCACCUGUGCCUCCAUCUCCAGCCGUCCACAGCGCUCUCCCACAGCAGCCCUCCAGACCCAGCAGUCGAGCUGCACCUCUUCCUCCCAAACCUCCCCAGGCCCCUCUGUCCUCACUGCCCACCAGCUCAGCCCCUCCACUGCCCCUGAACCUGCCCCAGAGCCUGCCCCAGAGCCUGCCCCAGAGCCUGCCCCUGAACCUGCCCCAGAGCUUGCCCCAGAACCUGCCCCAGAACCUGCCCCAGAACCUGCCCCAGAGCCUGCCCCAGAGCAUGGCCCGGCCUCGUGUACCUUCUCCCCCCUCACACAUCCUGGGGACACUAUCGGCACAGCCCCCCCAGGCUUUGCUGGAGGAUGAUGAGGAGACACCUCCUUUGAGCCAGGUUCACAGCUUCCUACAGUCUCUGCAGGCCCGAGGGUCCCACACACACUCACCGCCACAGGGGCCCCUCAAUCCUGUCCUCAACCAAAGACACACACAGGCCCUGGGACUGACGCCCACCUGCCCCCCUGUCCACAAAGGACCGGACCCCUUGCACAAAGCAGCUCUGACAGAGUCUCAUCUGCCCUCAGCUCUCAUCAAAGCUGAGCCCUACUCUACAGGUUGUGUGCAUCCAGGCUCCUCUCCGCUCCUACACUCUCCUCAGUUUAACCCAGUGGAGCAGCAGUCGCCUGCACACUCCAAGAGGAGCGAACAGAGGUCUAAAAUCCCCAGUAUCAAGGAGGAGAGAGCUUCCCAUUCCCCCGUGCUGCCCCAGUCUCCCUUCAGCCCUGGUCUGAGGCCGGACAGCAAGCACAGAGCAGAUGGAAGGACACUGGAUGCCCCUCGCUCUGGGUCCCAGUUUCCUGACUCCCCAGGGCCCCAGCACGAUAGGAUUAAGCAGGAGGCCAAGGCAACCAUCUCCUCCAAGAAAACCCCUGAUGUAAAGGUGAAGAACAUAAGCUCGUGGGCCAGUCUGGCUCAGAGGUCCCAGUCGUCUCAGGCGUCCUCCGUGCGCUCGUCCAGUGACAGUUUCGAACACUUCAGACGAGCGGCGCGAGAGAAGGAGGAGAGGGAGAGACAGCUGCGUGCACAGGCCGAACAAGCCCGUCGCCACGAGCACGACAAGCAGCGCAGAGAGGAGGACGACUCAGUGGAGCAGAUUCGUCGCUCACAUGACGAGGUUCGCCGUCGCCACGAGCAACCGUCUCCACAGCCCGUUACCCCUCCUGCCCCCCCGCCGGCCCCGCCCACACAGCCUCCACAGGCCCCGCCCACACAACCCACAUCUCCUGUGCAGACGGCUCUGGACCAGCAGAGGGAGAUAGCACGGCGGCGCGAGCAGGAGAGGCGGCACCGUGAGGCUAUGGCCGACACCAUUGACAUCAACUUCCAGAGUGAUCUGAUGGCCAUCUUUGAAGAGAACCUCUUCUGACCCUACAGCAGUUUACCUGAGCACACGUUCACUUCCAGGCUGAGGGAUGAGGCUAAACUCAUGGCAUUAUUGAAAAAAGAAAAAAAAAAAGAUUUUAGGAUGAGAUCAUGUGUGGAGUGUGUGAGUGCACCUGUCAAAACAUGUUCACUGGACAGGUGACUCAUCCCUGUCGGUUUGUUCAGAGUAUUCUGUGUUUGAGAGGGCCCCUGACCAUCACAGCCCUCCCUUCUUCCCCUCCAUACUCUGUACCACACAGCAGGGGGGACAGGACUGUGGACACGCCUACACGGGCUGACCCCUGCUCUUACUGCUCACGGCUUCUUUUACGUUUGUUCAUGUAAAUAAUGAUUUGCUCUUUGUUUUAUUUCUAUUUAUUCCCGCUGUGCUCGUCCCUGCCGCUUCCGUUUGUCUCUCUAGAGGCUCAGAGGAUUCUGGAUUCUGUUCUGUCUGUAGUUUGGUUCUGUCCUGGCAGGUGGAGUGUUUCCAUGGACACCUGUUGGUUCGUUGAAGCCCAGAGCUCUGUGGAGUCACCUUGUUCAAAAUAGAGUACAACCUUUUUUAUGAAAAGUAUUAAAAUUAUAUUUAAUAACA